AAAUCCUAUUUGUGUUCAAUUUGAAAAUGUUUUAAACUUCUCUUGAACCCUUGUUUUUACACUCAACAGAAUGGUUUUCUGUUCACUUAUAUUUAUCGUUCUUUUUAUUGGAACUAGUGUCAAUGGACAGGAAAGUCCAAAAGUAGUUCCAUUUUCAUCGCUUGUUAAACCAAAGAUUGGGGGUAAGACUUCAUUCAUUUGUCAGAGUCUUUCGGGAACUUCACCUUUACAUAUAGUAUGGUUGAAAGAUGGACAUGAACUUAAAGAUUCAUCUGAUAUUAGGAUGCGCUCCAUUGAAGAUUCAUCUAUGUUGAUCAUCGAUCCAAUUCAAUCAAGCCACUCUGGAAAUUAUACUUGCAAGAUAUCCAAUAGAUAUGGUUCCGAUUCAUAUUCUAGUGAACUUUCGGUUGAAGGUCCACCCAGUUGGAUCGAGAAACCAAAUGAUAUCAAGCUUAAAGUCGGACAAACAAUCAAUGUUAGGUGUCUUGUUUCUGGUUAUCCUCAACCAAAGGUUGUUUGGAAAAGAUUUGAAGAAUCAUCUUGGCAUCUAAUUGACACUAGCAUGAUGGCAAACAAUGAUCAUGACAGCUCAACUGUUAAUUUAAUCAUUCGAAAUGCUACUAAGAAUCAUGAAGGAAAAUAUGGCUGUUUUGCUUCAAACGUGAAGGAAAACCUGUUUUAAAUCAGGUUUUAUUUGUCGCUACCUUUCCCUACCUUCUGAAGGUAGGGAAAGGCCGUCAUUGGUUAAAGUUGGUGGGUCGACCAUUUUAGUGAGGGAGAAGAUUUUCUCCCUCAUGGUAGAUAAAAUGGCCGACAUUUUCUUUGUUCGUGGCCAAUAAUGGACCCCGCGGAAGCUCUGGUCGGCUGACUAAUGAAUCCUUAAGACCUGUUCUAACUUAAUGUUGUGCCACAGUAGACCUUAAUUCUAAGUGAUUAAUUAUAUAAGAUUGUAAAUUUUGUGAUAGAUCAAUCAGAUCUAAAAUACUCUUCCAGCUUUAACUAACUUUACCUGGUGAAUGAGCUCAUCAAUGGACUAAUCCAAGUUAUCAACUCUAACACUGUUAAUGGACUAUCCAUAGUGCUACAUCUUAGUGAAUGGAGUAAUUUCUCUUCCAGCUUAACUUGAACCUCACUGGUGGUUAGUGUAACUAAGACAAUUCGCUUGUGAACCAACAACAAUUAUCGUAGUUUCAAUUAAUAUUUGACUGCAUCACCGUAUUCUGUGUAUUCAAUAACUCCAUUCUAUGACCUAA